UUGGACGAGAGCAUUGAGCCAAAAUGGUGGCCACAGCAGCAGUGGUGGCACAAGCGAUUACUGACUGGAAUGUACUACUACCGCUGCCAUCCGCGCAACUACUGCUGGCAUUUAGUUUACUUACUACUACUCCUUCGACUGUAGUAUAAGUACACUACACUAUUAUUACUUAGGACAUACUACUAUCACUACAACUAAAUCGUUUCUACCCCGUCCCCGGCUGCUAUCGCUGCAGCAGUCCUCAGUGAAAAGUAGAUACGAUAAAUAGUAUUUAGGGAGGCGCCGCUACCGUUACGACGGAUUCAUUUGUGUAUGGCUGCUGCGACGGCCUGAGCAGUUGUUGUGUUCAGGUGAAGGUUGGCAGCCAUGGAUGACAAGCUAAUACUUUGUACUUUUCAAUAUAGGACAGCCAUUUUUCACUCAGGUGGCUGUUCCUGCUACAAUGUAAAGAAAGAGCAAAUGACUAAUGGCCAAACAGAAGGAACCAGAGUUUGAUGCCAGUCAAGAUGGUUGACAGGGUCUCCAGCAGUCCAUCCCGCAUCCCAAUCCCAGUAUCUUGCAGUCUGCAUAAAAGCUCUGCUAGCAGUAAUGGCAAGUUACGUCGUCCUUCAGAUGUUAACCCUAAACACAACGACAGCUAUGUAAAGGCCAUGUGCUUUGAGAACGGUAUCUUGGAUGCCGUGGCUCAGUGCACACCCAAUGCAACCACUAAAAAAGAAUCCCCAAAAGAAGGAACUCCUGCAGAGUCUCCAGGCAAAGGAACUGGUUUUGAGACAUUUGUCAUGACAGGUGAUAUGAUCAUUAAGACAACAGCUCCACACAAAUCUCCCAAAAAGGUAGACAGUCCCAAAAAGGUGCCUUAUAAGCAAAUGGUUUAUGGCAGUAAUAUUGCAGAAGAAGAAGAAGAAGAAGAAGAAGAUGAUGAUGAUGAAGAAAUUUGUCUCAUCUCUGCAGAGUUCAAUCGCAUAGCAGCCGAGAAGAAAGUGAAUGAAAACAGAGUAGUAGGGGCGCCCCGGCAUCACUCUUUUAGCGGGCCUGAUAACCCCAAAACAGUACACACACCUCUUGGUCGGGUUGAGUCUGCUCCUGCAGACAAUAGAAAUGAUGGUAACAUGAACUGGCCAUCACCACCUCUUUCUAUGUCAAGUCCUCCCAUUGCAAGUCCAGAGGAGUUCAUUCCGUCUCUGCGACAAACUCCCUCCAGUUCUAUGGAAUCUUGGGAUCAGUUUGAACCCCAUCCUCUUGACCCUGCCAACCAUCAAUAUUAUCAGCAACAACAAUGCACACAAUUAUUCACAAUGAAGGAGAGCUCCAAACGAAGUCUAUCAAAUAGUGAUUCUGAGCCCAGUCCUGAAGUAGUGGAGUCUUCAGAUGAUAAAAGCAGCACAAUGGCAUCAUCAUCAUCAGACAAUGAAGUAAAAUCGAAUAUAGUAACGAGUAAAAGUGCUGAAAAAAUAGUUGCUGCUUCAAGAGGCAGUCAUUCAUUGGUUCGUACAAGUAAAAGCCAUGAAAACUAUCUACAGUCAGGCACUGAUAUCACAUUAGUCAGCAUUGAUAUAGAUGAUGAUAAUUUGGCUUACUCUCUAGAUACUCUUGCAUAUCAGAGCUCUGGAUCCUCUCUGGAGAAAUUAGGUGAUAAGGAUGGACUGGUGCCUGUUUCAAGGAGUCUGCAGAGCUCACCGGAACGGAAAUCAAGUGAAAAAUCAUCUGAUCGUGUCUUCAUGCCAGGUUUCAUAAGCCUUGAUGAACCACGGGCUAUCAAACCUAAAGGUAAGGAGACUAAAACAAAAGAUGCUGCUUCCACUUGUUCUAAAGUGGAUUCCUCAGUUGAAGGUGCUACAGACUCAAACAUUCCUUCAGGAGUAUGUAAUGACGGUGGACCUCUUUCCAGUCUUCUAGAACCACAGUCACCAGUCUCUUCAGAGGCAACUGAUAGGAAAAUAGAAGCACCAACUUCUAACCUUGUAGCAUCAAUACUUAAUUCCCGCAUUGGUGUUGAGUCUGCUGAGGAGGGUGUAUCAAAGGAAGCUUUUAUAGGAGUAGACAAUAAACCUGAUUUUAUAACUAGUCUUCGAGAAACUGUGGAACCUGGCAAUGAACAUUUAGAUUCUGAUUGCUUAUAUCACCAACCAUUCAAAAGUGUGGAUCGUCCAUCAGCUGCUCGCUUAGCUAAACGGCUUUACAAUUUGGAUGGAUUUCGUAAAUCUGAUGUCUCAAGACAUCUCUGUAAAAAAAAUGACUUCAGUAAUUUGGUAGCAGAGGAGUAUCUUCAGUUUUUCGAUUUUACAGGGAAUACUCUAGAUGUUGCUCUACGGACAUUUCUUAAACAGUUUUCCCUUAUUGGGGAAACACAAGAGCGGGAAAGAGUGCUGGCCCACUUUUCCAAACGUUACAUGACCACAAACCCUGACACAUACAAUUCUGAAGAUGCCUGUCACACCUUAACAUGUGCAAUAAUGUUGUUAAACACAGAUCUUCAUGGCCAGAAUGUUGGCCGGAAGAUGAACUGUAAUGAGUUCAUAGAAAAUUUGUGUGAACUGAAUGAUGGAGAUAACUUUCCAAAAGAAGACCUUCGCCAAAUCUAUGCAGCCAUUAAAAUGGAACCUAUAGAAUGGGCUCCAGAUGAUGAUCUGCAAGAUAGUGAAACAACAGUUACGAAUGACCGGCGACAAGUGCCAUUAAGUGAAACACCAUCUCGGCUUGGCCACAACCCCUUCUUAGAGAUACCUGACCCUAAUCAAACCACAGAGUACAAGAAAGGAUAUGUAAUGCGCAAGUGCUGUUUAGAUCCAGAUGGUCGACGUACAUCAUUUGGUAAGCGAGGUUGGAAGAUGUUUUAUGCUUCAUUAAGAGAUAUGAUCCUUUAUCUUCACAAAGAUGAGCAUGGGUUCAAGAAAGGUAACUUAAUUGAGAACUCUAGUAAUGCCAUCCGUAUUCAUCAUUCCAUUGCCACUCGAGCAUCGGAUUACACAAAAAAACAGCAUGUAUUUCGUUUGCACACAUCAGAUUGGGCUGAAUAUCUUUUCCAAACAAGUGACAGUAAAGAGCUCCAAGAGUGGAUGGAAACUAUUAAUUACGUUGCAGCUAGUCUAUCUGCCCCACCAUUGCCUGGAGGGAUAGGUUCUAAGAAGAAAUUUCAGCGACCCCUUAUGCCUUCUUCUUAUACUAAGAAAAAUCUGAGUGAGCAAUUAGCUCAUCAUCAAGAAAAAGUAACUCACCUAGAGAAAGAGUUACACGAACACAGGUUGUGUCCACCAGAAAAAGGCGCUAAAGCGCGUAUAAUCCAUGAUUAUGUUGAAAAAGAGCAAUUUUUAGAAUCUGAGUUAAAACGAUUCCAAACCUACAAAUACCUUUUACAGUCAAAAUUGAGUUCUUACAAAACAGAAGUUGAAUCCUCAUUAGUUGAAACUAUUAUUGGAGAAGAUGAUGAGACUGCAGAUGAUUGUGGAGAUCGUUGUAGCCCUUCAAAUACAACAAUGUCGGUUGUCAGUGGAGCAAGCAGCAGCAACAAGAACAUGAAACCAGUGCAGCGCAGUCUGUCUGAUAGCACAUUGACCCACAGCGCUGAUUACGACUUCGAGCAGAUGACUUAUGAAAUCUUCAAUACUUGCACAAUGACUACACAUAUGUAACAAGAAACAACCAAUCUCAGAAAAUUAUUAUGACCAUAUUUCUAAUAUUUAUGCAGGCUCAUGAUGCAGAUUGCAAAGAAUACAUGAAUAGAACAUGUAGUGUGUGUAAUAUAUAUAUUUGAUAUCAAUAAUGUUCCAUACUAAAUCUCUGCUCUAAAAAGAAACUACACACACCCUUGAAACAACCUAAUUCAGAUAGACUUCCCUUUAUUUUUCUUUUGUAUACACUUCAUCUCAUUUAUAAAAAUAAUUCUAAUUUGCAGUAUAAACACACCUUUCAUAAAACAAAAGAACUGAGUCAAUUUUUGAAUCAGUAUAUCAACACAAAAUCUAUUUUAAUGAGCCUAGAAUAUCUCAAUUACUGAAAAUCAUAUCAAUAAAUCCAGUGUUAAUUUCG